CGGCGGGGGGAGGUGACUUGAUGUCAUCCUGAGCAGCUGGGCGGCGGGUGCCGGUGCGCACAGAGCUGGGGCUCCCGCGGCGCCGCGCCGCGCUGGGUCGGGUCCCACGACUGGAGGAGAGGUCCGCGUUCUGCCCGCCAGCCCAGAGCCCGCCGGGUGCCCGCGCUCGACUGGGGCCUGAGUUGGGGGCAUGCUCCGGCUCCUCCGGAGCCCGAGAGAGAACCCAGGAGCGCCGCCGCCCAGUGCCAGCGCCCCGAGCGGAACAGCUGCGAAGGAGCCCUGAACAGCUAGCUGCCCCCCUCCCCACCAGCAGCCCCUGGGGGUCGGGGACCAAAGUCUGGGCUUCCGAGAAAGCCCAGGUGGGAACCCUAACUGGACUCUUCGGGACCCCAGGAAGGACCAGAGGCCUGAGGCAUCCUCCCCUCUACCCUGCCUGCCCCCCAGGCCUGGGCAGUUGCCAAAGGCCCUGGGGGGGGGGCCAGGACUGUGGUUGUGCCCCCCUCUCCCCCCAUGAUGGGCCCAAGUUAGUCAGCCCAGCCUCACUCAGCAUCCUCCAGGCCCAGAGGGAACCCCAGGGGCUCUAAAGGCUCGACCCACCGCCUGGCCGCCAUGGAGACAAAGCUGCCCCCUGCGAGCACCCCCACCAGCCCCUCUUCCCCGGGCCUGUCGCCUGUGCCCCCACCCGACAAGGUGGACGGCUUCUCCCGCCGUUCCCUCCGCAGGGCCCGGCCCCGGCGCUCCCAUAGCUCCUCUCAGUUCCGCUAUCAGAGCAACCAGCAAGAGCUCACUCCACUGCCCCUGCUCAAAGAUGUGCCGGCCUCUGAGCUGCAUGAUCUGCUGAGCCGGAAGCUGGCCCAGUGUGGGGUGAUGUUUGACUUCUUGGACUGUGUAGCUGACCUGAAGGGGAAGGAGGUGAAGCGGGCGGCACUCAACGAGCUGGUGGAGUGUGUGGGGAGCACCCGGGGGGUCCUCAUUGAGCCUGUCUACCCAGACAUCAUCCGCAUGAUCUCAGUGAAUAUCUUCCGGACCCUGCCGCCCAGUGAGAACCCUGAAUUUGACCCUGAAGAGGACGAGCCCAACCUUGAGCCUUCGUGGCCACAUCUGCAGCUGGUAUAUGAGUUUUUCCUGCGUUUCUUGGAGAGCCCAGACUUCCAGCCCUCCGUGGCCAAGAGAUACGUGGAUCAAAAGUUUGUCCUGAUGCUCCUGGAGCUAUUUGAUAGCGAGGACCCCCGGGAGCGUGAGUACCUCAAGACCAUCCUGCACCGGGUCUAUGGCAAGUUCCUGGGGCUCCGGGCGUACAUCCGCAAACAGUGCAGCCACAUCUUCCUCCGGUUCAUCUAUGAGCUCGAGCACUUCAAUGGCGUGGCUGAGCUGCUGGAGAUCUUAGGAAGCAUCAUCAAUGGCUUUGCGCUGCCCCUGAAGACCGAGCACAAGCAGUUCCUGGUUCGGGUCCUGAUUCCCCUGCACUCUGUCAAGUCGCUGUCUGUCUUUCACGCCCAGCUGGCGUACUGUGUGGUGCAGUUCCUGGAGAAGGACGCCACCUUGACAGAGCACGUGAGUACCUCUGGGGGGAGGGCAGGCCCCCAGCCCUGCAGGUCUGACUCCUUCCUGCCUCAACUCCCACAGGUGAUCCGGGGGCUGCUCAAAUACUGGCCAAAAACCUGCACCCAGAAGGAGGUGAUGUUUCUGGGGGAGAUGGAAGAGAUUCUUGAUGUCAUUGAGCCCUCCCAGUUUGUGAAGAUCCAGGAGCCCCUCUUCAAGCAGGUGGCUCGCUGUGUGUCUAGCCCCCAUUUCCAGGUUGCAGAGCGGGCUCUGUAUUUCUGGAACAAUGAGUACAUCCUGAGCCUCAUUGAGGACAACUGCCACACUGUGCUGCCUGCUGUGUUUGGGACCCUCUAUCAGGUCUCCAAGGAGCACUGGAAUCAGACCAUCGUAUCUCUGAUCUACAAUGUGCUCAAGACCUUCAUGGAGAUGAACGGGAAGCUGUUUGAUGAGCUCACAGCCUCCUACAAGCUGGAGAAGCAGCAGGAGCAGCAGAAGGCCCGUGAGCGUCAGGAGCUGUGGCAAGGCCUGGAGGAGCUUCGGCUACGCCGGUUACAGGGGACCCAGGGGGCCAAAGAAGCCCCCCUCCAGCGGCUUACACCUCAGGUGGCCGCCAGUGGGGGUCAGAGCUAGAGAUCCCCCAGCAGGGGAGGAGCUACACCCAGAGCUAUCAGUCCCUCCAGCCCCUCUCCUGCCCAGGGGCCCAGAGAGACCCACACCUACCCCUGGCCUUGCCAGAGGGGCUCGGAGGGCUCCCUGCCUGGCCCAGCAUGGGCAGCUUUCACUGGGGGGAGAGGAGAAGAGAUGGUGGUCCUGGCAACAGAACUCUCAGGCCCUCGUGGCAGGACUUGACCAGGGCAAGGUUGACCAGGAAGCUGCCGUCGGGGGUCUGCCCCUGCCCCGCCAAGCUGGGCUCCAGACUGUAGGCAGGUUCCCGCCCCCUACUCCCAGCCUAAGGCAAGGGGACUCAGCCCCUUGCCUGCCCUGCCUCGUGCCAGCGCGAGGUCCUUCCUCACCCCACCAUGGGAUCCAUGGUCUAUUUAUUCUCUCCCACUCACCUCCAACACAGACACUGUCCCGGGCCUGGGGCAUCCUCCUUCCCUCCCCUCCCUCACCCUGUCCUUCCUUGUUCCCUUUUUAUUUAUUGGGCAGGGGGAGGGGUGAGGGCACAGGCAGAAGAGAUUCCCCAUGUCCCGGGGCAAGGGGGGGUCACAGUUACUGUGGUCUGUCCCCCUUCCCCUGGCUGGGGGCAGACUUAAUAAAGAAAGAAACUCGA